GCCCACCAUGGCGCUCCUGACUGGCUCCGCACAGCCGCCCCGCCUCCGAGGUGUUGCGGCUGGGGUGGGUCAUUGGGGGAGCGGCCGGCCGAGUAGCGGGUGUAGAACCACGCAGCGACUGCCUUCUCCACCACCAUGGGGUCCCAGCUGAGCACGUUGAGCCGCGUGGUGCUCUCUCCCGUCUGGUUCUUCUAUAGCCUCUUCAUGAAGCUGUUUCAGCGUUCUUCACCGGCCAUCACCCUCGAGAACCCUGACAUCAAGUACCCACUGCGGCUCAUCGACAAGGAGAUUAUCAGUCAUGACACACGGCGCUUCCGAUUCGCCCUGCCUUCACCCCAGCACAUCUUGGGCCUUCCCAUUGGCCAGCACAUCUACCUCUCAAGUAGGAUUGAUGGGAACUUGGUCAUUCGGCCCUACACCCCCGUCUCUAGCGAUGAUGACAAGGGCUUCGUGGACUUGGUGGUCAAGGUUUACUUCAAGGAUACCCAUCCCAAGUUUCCUGCUGGAGGGAAGAUGUCCCAGUACCUGGAAAACAUGAAUAUUGGAGACACCAUUGAAUUCCGGGGCCCCAAUGGGCUGCUGGUCUACCAGGGCAAAGGGAAAUUCGCCAUCCGUGCAGACAAGAAGUCCAACCCUGUUGUCAGGACAGUGAAGUCUGUAGGCAUGAUUGCAGGAGGGACAGGUAUCACCCCAAUGCUACAAGUGAUCCGUGCUGUCAUGAAGGACCCAAAUGACCACACUGUGUGCUACCUGCUCUUUGCCAACCAGUCUGAGAAAGACAUCCUGCUUCGGCCUGAGCUAGAGGAACUGAGGAACGAACAUUCCGCUCGCUUCAAGCUCUGGUACACAGUGGACAAAGCACCUGAUGUCUGGAACUACAGCCAGGGCUUCGUGAACGAGGAGAUGAUCAGGGACCAUCUUCCACCGCCUGGGGAGGAGCCACUGAUACUGAUGUGUGGACCUCCACCCAUGAUCCAGUUUGCCUGUUUGCCAAACCUGGAGCGUGUGGGCCACCCCAAGGAUCGAUGCUUCACCUUCUGAUGGCUGGAUGCUGGCCACUCCCAUGCCUGCUGCUCAUGUAUUCACCACAGCCACCUGUCCACCCUUUUCUUCUCACCACUGUCCCUCACUCUAACAUAAGUUCACAUCCAUACUGGGGCCUGGGUUCAGCCUGGCCUGCCCAGCCCUGGUCAUCCAGCUGUACUGGCCCCUGAGGGGCCUUUGGGAUCAGGACUUUGUAUCAGGUGACCCCUGUUAACCACUUUCUGUAUAGGCUCCUGUUUGGCACUAAUUAGCCAUUAUCAGAGAUGUCCCGUGACACACACACACACACACAUACACACACAGCUGUCAGUACCAUGUCUACACAUUGCCAUGAACCAGUCUAUAGAAAGGAAAAGGGAAGGGUAAUAGCCACAGUCCCAGGUUUCAUGCCUACCAUCCACCCACCUGCCUUAGGUCAUGGCCUGCCCCGUGUCCCUAACACUACAUUAUACAGCCACACCCAGAGGUUCUCUUAGGUAGUGACAAGCUACCCCCCACCGCUGGCCAAGAGUUCCUGGGGCAACACAUGGACCUUUCCAAAACCUCAUGCACCCCUACAGCCUUGGGUGCCCUAAGUCCUCAGUGCAACAGAGUGUGGUAUUGGGAUCCCCAGCUUGGUCUGGAGCCACCACUCUGGCUUGUUUCUCUGUCCCAAACCUCGCUCCUGCCUGGUCCCCCGCCUGGGGGAGGGCUUCUGAGCAGUGCCUCUUGUGGGAGACAGACCCCGUGCCCGGCACUGCCUCCAGCAGGUGAUGUUGUAUCCUGCACACUGGCUUUUUUAGUCAUUUAUGGGCAGAAAAGAGUUGAAGUAAAACUUUGCUAAUACUGAC